CCUGAACUGUGCACCUCACUUGGCUGCAGCAGCACAGUGCACCUCAGCCCUCCUCUUUCCCUCUUAAUUUAAGUCUGACUGUGACAGCACGGAAAAGCAGCAGAUCUCCCCACAGAUUAAGAAACUGUGUAAACCUCUCACAGGUUUUUAUUAUUUUUCUUUUUUGUUAAAGAAUUUUGUGGAUCACCGAGGAGGAAGAUGCUGAGGCGAAAGCCCUCAAACGCCUCGGAGAAGGAGCAGACUCAGAAGAAGAAGUUGACCCUGCAGCGAUCCAGCAGCUUUAAGGACUUCAUGAAACACAAACCCACCUCUCCUGUUGCAUCAGAAAAGGAGUUCAGCUUAGAGGAAAAUGCAGCAGAUGGAGUGACAGCAGAAGAAGUUGUAAAAAGUGGCAGCAAACUGGGGAAAAAGUGGCGCAACGUCAUCUCACGCACCAUGACCCGCAAAACAUCCAAGAUGGUGCAGAAGGCACUGGCUGAGGAGGGGGGGGAGAGUAGUGAGGAGCUGUCCCCCGUCUCCUCCGAUUGGAUUCCAGAUCUGAUGACAGGAAAGAGGACGUCUGUGUGCUCCACAGGCUCAGAGGACACCACGCCCAGCCCCGUCAGCCGCCAGCUCUCUGGCAGCAGCGACAGACAGAGUUUGGACAGCGGAUACUGUCAGAGGGACAGCAUGAGACUGGAGGAGAACGGCGUCUCGUACAACGGGCCAUUUUGCGGUCGAGCUUUGGUCCACACAGACUUCACUCCCAGCCCCUAUGAUGUGGAGUCUCUGAAACUCCAAAAAGGAGACAUCAUCUACAUCAUCGACAAGCCGCCCGUGGGUACCUGGACAGGAAAGCUCAACAACAAGGUGGGAUCCUUCAAGUUUAUCUAUGUCAACCUCCUCCCAGAUGAGAGCCCCGUAGCCAGACGGAGGCGCUUCGACAGCAAGAACCGUCAGUCCAGUUCCAAGCCCAAAUCCCUCGAGGAGGUUCUGGAUAGCAUAGGCCUGACGGAGCUGAGUCCCAUACUGUCCAUGCACGGCUUCCAGAGCCUGGAGGACUUCACAGGACUGAAGGAGUCACACCUGAACGAGCUGAACAUCACAGACCCAGAGCAGCGCUCCAAGAUCCUAAACGCCUCUGAGCUGCUCAUAGACUCUGAAGACGAGUCAGAGCCAGAGGAGGAGGAGGAGGAAGCAGGGAGGUCUGCGGAGGACACCAAGGAGCCGAGGGACUCGGGCUGCUUUGAGAGCUCAGAGAACCUGGAGAACGGACGCGAGGAGCCAAAGAAUGAGGAAGAGUCGAACCAAGAAACAGGGAAACAGGAGUCUGAAGAGACAGAGGAAACCCAGACAGAGCAAGUAGAGGCUGUGCAGCAACAUCUGGAGCAGCUGGCUGUGGAUGAAUGACAGUGAAAUUAAAAAAAAUAACUUUCUCCUCCCUGGUUUUAAGGGACAAUUAGAAAGAAGACAGACCAAAAAAACUUCCAGUUCAUGGAAGAGAGUGUGUUGCAGCAGAACUAGCUUGUCCUGGCGACGUUCAGAGUGAGCAGCACUGCGUGCUUGCAGGUGUCACAGCUGGCUUCAUUCUGUGAACACAUUCUGAAAUGUGGCAAAUGGCUUCAUAUCAGGCAUCAUUUUAUAUGGUUAUAAGGAGAGGUUCAACUUAACCCUUUUAGACAUCUGUUUUCCGACUCAGUGUGUGAACGUAUUGAUGCUGUGGUGCGUUUGUUCAUGAAUGUAAAAUAUUUCAUUUCUUGUGUGAUUUGAGUUUAGUUGUUACAAUUUUGUCUGUAACGUGUUGUUGUGAGGAGGUUGUGUAAAUAAACAUAAAAGUGCUUUAA